AUGCCAGAGAAGAAAAGCUCAUGUCUGGGUUUCUGCUUCUUUUCUUUAUUCAGAACCUGCCCAAUAUUGACCUACCGACUGCACCUUCUCCUCGAUCAGCGGAAGGUGAAUAUGGUAUAUUCGCAGCUGUGUAUCGCCGAGAUAGAGUCUAUGCCAAGAAUACACUCAUCACCCGAAGCUUCUUUCAUCUUCUUCCCUCAAAGGACGUGA